CUGUGUCUGACUCUUUGCAACGCCAUGGACCCACCAUGGACCUGCCAGGCUCCUCUGUCCCUGGAAUUCUCCAGGCAAGAAUACUGGAAUGGGUUGCCAUGCCCUCCUCCAGAUUUGUGGCAGGAUCUGGUCCGCAGUUCUGAAAAACUGCCGAGGUUCCUGAUGUUCCUGACCACUUCUCUAGUCUUCCUGCAAGCCAAGGGCAAGGAGGGCCAGCUGCUGCAGCGCUCCAAGAGGGGUUGGGUCUGGAACCAGUUCUUCGUGAUCGAGGAGUACACGGGGCCCGACCCCGUGCUCGUGGGCAGGCUUCACUCCGAUAUUGACUCUGGUGAUGGGAACAUUAAAUACAUUCUCUCAGGUGAAGGAGCCGGAACCAUUUUUGUGAUUGAUGACAAAUCAGGGAACAUUCACGCCACCAAGACAUUGGACCGAGAGGAGAGAGCCCAGUACACGCUGAUGGCUCAGGCGGUGGACAGGGACACCAACCGGCCCCUGGAGCCGCCGUCGGAAUUCGUUGUCAAGGUCCAGGAUAUUAACGACAACCCCCCUGAGUUCUUGCAUGAGACCUAUCACGCCAGCGUGCCCGAGAGGUCCAACGUGGGAACGUCAGUGAUCCAGGUGACAGCUUCAGACGCGGAUGACCCCACCUAUGGAAACAGUGCCAAGUUAGUGUACAGCAUCCUGGAAGGACAACCCUACUUUUCAGUAGAAGCACAGACAGGCAUCAUCAGAACGGCCCUUCCCAACAUGGAUAGGGAGGCCAAGGAGGAGUACCAUGUGGUGAUCCAAGCCAAGGACAUGGGUGGACACAUGGGUGGACUCUCAGGGACAACCAAAGUGACGAUCACACUGACCGAUGUCAACGACAACCCACCAAAGUUUCCACAGAGCGUAUACCAGAUGUCUGUGUCAGAAGCAGCUGUCCCAGGGGAGGAAGUGGGACGAGUGAAAGCGAAAGACCCAGACAUUGGAGAAAACGGCUUAGUCACGUACAACAUUGUUGAUGGAGAUGGGGUGGAAUUGUUUGAAAUCACAACGGACUAUGAAACACAGGAGGGUGUGGUGAAACUGAAAAAGCCUGUAGAUUUUGAAACCAAAAGAGCAUACAACUUGAAGGUAGAGGCAGCCAAUGUGCACAUUGACCCGAAGUUCAUCAGCAAUGGGCCUUUCAAGGACACCGUGACAGUCAAGAUUGCAGUCGAAGAUGCUGACGAGCCCCCUAUGUUCUUGGCCCCAAGUUAUAUCCACGAAGUCCAAGAAAAUGCAGCCCCUGGCACUGUGGUGGGGAGAGUGCAUGCCAAAGACCCUGAUGCUGCCAACAGCCCAAUAAGGUAUUCAAUCGAUCGUCACACUGACCUGGACAGGUUUUUCACUAUUAAUCCAGAGGAUGGUUUUAUUAAAACUACAAAACCUUUGGAUAGAGAAGAAACUGCCUGGCUCAACAUAUCAGUUUUUGCAGCAGAAAUCCACAACCGGCAUCAGGAAGCCAAAGUCCCUGUGGCCAUUAGGGUCCUUGACGUUAAUGACAAUGCUCCCAAGUUUGCUGCCCCUUAUGAAGGCUUCAUCUGUGAGAGUGACCAGACCAAGCCACAUUCCAACCAGCCAAUUGUUACAAUUAGUGCAGAUGACAAGGAUGACACAGCCAAUGGACCAAGAUUUAUCUUCAGUCUACCCCCUGAAAUCAUUCACAAUCCAAAUUUCACAGUCAGAGACAACAGAGAUAAUACCGCGGGGGUGUACGCCCGGCGCGGAGGGUUCAGUCGACAGAAGCAGGAUUUGUACCUCCUGCCCAUCGUGAUCAGUGACGGCGGGAUCCCUCCCAUGAGCAGCACCAACACCCUCACCAUCAAGGUCUGUGGGUGUGACGUGAACGGGGCUCUGCUGUCCUGCAACGCAGAAGCCUACAUCCUGAACGCCGGCCUGAGCACCGGGGCGCUGAUCGCCAUCCUCGCCUGCAUCGUCAUUCUCCUGGUCAUUGUAGUGUUGUUCGUGACCCUGAGAAGGCAAAAGAAAGAACCACUCAUCGUCUUCGAGGAGGAAGAUGUCCGUGAGAACAUCAUCACCUAUGAUGACGAGGGCGGUGGGGAAGAAGACACAGAAGCCUUUGAUAUCGCCACGCUCCAGAACCCCGACGGUAUCAAUGGAUUUAUCCCUCGCAAAGACAUCAAACCUGAGUAUCAGUACAUGCCUAGACCUGGGCUCCGGCCAGCACCCAACAGUGUGGACGUGGAUGACUUCAUCAACACGAGAAUACAGGAGGCGGAUAACGACCCCACUGCCCCUCCUUAUGACUCCAUCCAAAUCUACGGCUACGAAGGCAGGGGCUCCGUGGCUGGGUCCCUGAGCUCCUUAGAGUCGGCCACCACGGACUCGGACUUGGACUACGACUACCUGCAGAACUGGGGCCCUCGCUUUAAGAAACUAGCGGACUUGUACGGUUCCAAAGACGCUUUUGAUGACGACUCUUAA